GGUUUCGGGCUUUGUUCCGUGCCUCCACUCGUCACCCCAUCAAAAUCCUCUCCGUCCUCCCUACACCACCUGUGCAUCAGGAAAGAGAAGAACAGUACAAAAUCAAAAUCACAACAAUAAAAUCUCUCUUAUUCUCCGCUCCUAAACAUAGUUUCCGAAUUUGCUAUAUUUAGCCUCAUUCUCUCCCAUCUCUCCUCUCCAAUACAAACACGAACACGAACACACAUUUGUGUCGCGCAAUUUGAUCUCGACGCAAUGAAGCUGAAGAACCCCUCCAAUUCCCCCUCGCAAACCCUCACCUCCUCCGACACGCGCCUGCUCGUGCGCGAGACGCUCCGCAUCAGCGCCAACCUCGCCUCGGCGCCUCCGCCCUCGCCCUCACCGGCCGCCGUGGCGCCCCACGACCGCCCGCUGCUCCAGGAUUCCAGCUUCGGUGGCCUAGUCGACGAUCAGUUUCUCAAUUCCAGCCUGAGGUUGAUCUGCUGCGAGGAGAUUGAUGGCAGACGCUGGCAAUACUUCGCAGAUGACAACACCGGCCCUAGGAAUGUUGCUACCAAAAAAUUGAAGAAGAAUUCCAUUCGUGCUGUCUGCUUGCAGACGCCGUUAUCCCCUGCUGAUGAGUUGUUAACAUUCAUAAGAUCUUACGUUGUUCCUGAAGGUUUUCCAGACAGUGUCAUGCCUUCCUAUGUGCCUUACAUGACUUGGAGAGCGAUAAAGCACAUCUUUGGUGGUGCCAUGGGUGUUUUCACCACACAAACCCUCCUAAGUUCACUUGGAGUCUCCAGAAAUCGAUCUGCACCAGGUGCUGUAGCUAUCAAUUGGAUUCUCAAGGAUGGUGCUGGGCGGGUCGGGAAGAUGCUCUUUGCUCGACAAGGGAAGAAGUUUGACUAUGACUUAAAGCAGCUUAGGUAUGCUGGUGAUCUCCUUAUGGAGUUGGGAGCUGGAGUAGAGUUGGCAACUGCAGCUGUCCCCCACUUGUUUCUUCCAUUAGCAUGUGCUGCCAAUGUGGCUAAGAAUGUCGCUGCUGUGACAUCAACUUCGACCCGAACGCCAAUAUACAAAGCCUUUGCCAAAGGAGAAAAUAUAGGAGAUGUCACUGCAAAGGGAGAAUGUGUUGGAAAUAUAGCCGAUCUGCUUGGAACUGGACUGGAAUAA